AUGGAAAUUUAUAUUGUUAAUCAUUAAAUCUUAAUUAUUAUAAUCAUUAGAAAACUUUACUCUUAUGGGUUGUCAUAUUAGAAAAUAGCAAAAGCCAAUUAUUGUAUAACCAGAUCUAAAAGACAAAGAAUAUAUAUACCAAAUUAAAACUCAUGUGCCCGUAAAAAUGUAAAUCUACUAAUGGGGAGAAAUUAACUUAUAGUCAAUAGGUAUAUUCAUGAAAUCUAAAUUAGUUAAUAGUACUAUUAUGAGAAGAAGAAGUACUACUCAACAAAAUAUUUUCAAUAGUUAAAGAGGUUCUAGAUCCUAGUAAUGAAUAUAAUUAUGUUAUUUUAUUCACAAUUAAAUGAAUUCACUUAUGAAUCUAAAUAUUACAAUGUUAGAAAUAGGUUUUGA